GACACCUCCAGACCACCAGGCGUAUUUAAAGCUGUUUUAUAGCCUGGUCAAGUUCUUUCUUCACGGGGUUUAAACACCUCACGUCACACAAGGUGCCUGAUAAACACAGCCACCUCACACCGGCUCCUGCUGCCUCUAAUUAUCUCUGUCUCCAAACAGCAUUAAAACACCAUGUCCAUGACUAUAGUGACCUCUGGAGGCAGCCCGGGGAUCCUCUUCAACGGUGAUGCACCGCGGUUAAGUGCGUGCUCAGCUGUGCUCUCAGACAUGAGAUUGCACUGCUCUCAGCACCUCUCACAGCACAAACCUCCUCUGGAGGAGGACCCGCACUCUGGCAUCAGCUCCACUCCUGACCUCAGUGGUAGUUUGAAGCGCCACCACCGACAUACCAAUCGUGGCUCAAGCCCACCUUCCCCCGGGGGCGCUGUGACACUCAACGCAGAGCAAGAGCGACGUCCUCAGACGACCGCGGCGUCGACUUUGGACAAUUUGAGGCACUUUUUCGUGAAUCUGUCCAAACUCCCACUCCUCUUCGUCCUGCUCUUCCUCUUUGUUUGCUCCCUUGACACUUUGAGCUCUGCCUUCCAGUUAGCAGGGGGGAAAGUAGCGGGGGACAUUUUCCAGGACAAUGCGGUGCUGUCUAACCCGGUGGCAGGACUGGUGGUCGGGGUCUUAGUCACCGUGCUGGUUCAGAGCUCAUCAACAUCCACCUCUAUUAUAGUCAGCCUGGUGGCCUCUGGACUGCUGGAGGUGAGGUCGGCUGUGCCCAUCAUCAUGGGCUCCAACAUUGGCACUUCAGUCACGAACACCAUAGUGGCUCUGAUGCAGGCGGCGGAGAGGACUGAGUUCCAGCGAGCCUUCGCCGCGGCGACGAUCCACGACUGCUUCAACUGGCUGUCAGUCCUCGUCCUGCUGCCACUGGAGGCGGUGACUGGGUUCAUGACCCGUCUGUCCCACCUGCUGGUCACCAGCUUCCAGCUCCAGCCUGGGGAAGAGGCUCCAGAGCUGCUGAAGGUCAUCACUGAGCCGGUCACCAAUCUCAUCAUACAGUUGGACCAAUGUGUGAUCACAGGGAUUGCUUUGGGAAACGAGGAGAUGAGGAACAGGAGUCUGGUGAAGGAGUGGUGCUGCCCUGACCUCCUGCCCACAGACAUCGGGUGCUCAGAUUCCUGUGGUCCCGCCCCAGACUCACUUCACUCAUUAGUAAAGUGUCGUCAUCUCUUCGUUUCUACCCAGUUAUCAGACCUCGCCGUGGGUCUGAUUCUGUUGGCAGCCUCCCUGACCGCCCUCUGCUCCUGUCUGCUGCUCCUGGUCAAGCUGCUUAACUCUCUCCUCAAAGGUCACGUAGCAAAAGUCAUACAUAAGGUCAUCAACACAGACCUGCCUUCUCCGUUUGAGUGGCUGGCUGGAUACGUGGCCAUGUUGGUGGGAGCAGGAGUGACGUUUGUGGUCCAGAGUAGUUCUGUCUUCACUUCAGCCAUCACACCCCUCGUCGGCGUCGGUGUGAUCAGUUUGGAGCGAGCCUACCCACUCACGCUGGGAUCCAACAUCGGUACCACCGCCACUGCACUGCUGGCAGCGCUGGCCAGUCCUGGCAACAAACUGGCAGCUGCCUUACAGAUCGCCCUGUGUCACUUACUCUUCAACGUCUUCGGCAUUCUGCUCUGGUAUCCUCUCCCUUUUACGCGACUGCCCAUAAAGAUGGCUCGCGUCCUCGGUAAUCGCACCGCUAAGUACCGCUGGUUCGCCGUCUUCUACCUGAUCUUUAGCUUCUUGCUCCUCCCCUCCGUGGUGCUGGGCCUCUCACUGGCUGGCUGGAGGGUGAUGACGGGCGUCGGAGCCCCUUUCCUGGGCGUGACCAUUUUCAUUGGCAUCGUCAAUGUACUGCAGGCCCACAGUCCUCAUCGCCUCCCCUCGAAGCUCCAGAGUUGGGACUUUCUCCCUCAGUGGAUGCACUCUCUCAAACCUCUCGACCGCCUCAUCGCUCGGGCUCUCAGUUGCCGCAGCGUGUCAUCCACGCAGGAGCAGAUGGAGGAAGACGAGGAGAAAAUCUCAACGCAGACCAACUGUGUCGGCUCACAGACGGAGUCCACAUUUGACAACCCAGUCCUUGACUUUUUAGAUGAGUGCAGACCGGGGCAACGGGUUUUUAAAUUAAAGGGUCUGGAGAGAUGCAACAGCACUCCACUGUAGCUUCGACUGAUGACGGACGCUCGUUUCAAAGGCCUCACACUCUGUUGGCAUCGUGACAGAAGUUCCCCUGCAAAAAGGCUGUUUUUGUAUUUAAAUACACCCAUUUGUACUGAGUGUGUGAGAGCAUUUUGCAAAGGUCAAGGAGCAGGUAAUCGGUAUGAAGUUUUACCUCAGAAAAUCAACCAAACUCUGAAGCAAUAUGCAAUAUUCACAGUAAGAAAUGCCUUAUCAUUGCCUGCAGUAGAACUGUUUAACAUAUUUGGUAAAAAGAAAAAAAAAGUAAUGAAAGUAAAGGAAAGUCUUCAGAGAGUGAUUUGUGAACUGGCCGGAGAAAAAUGAAAAAUAAAAAGAGUAUAAAAUA